UCCAUGCGUUGAAACACACUGAAAGAAAAGACUGCGCACAAUAAUCCGCACAUAAAACUCACACAACAACAAAGAUGAACAACCAUUUUCACAUGCAACAUGAGCACACACCACAAAAUGUUGCCCAGCCGUACUUGCAGCAGCAGCAGCCGCCACUCACAGCUCCCACACCAAUUCCCACCCCAGCUCCAACCUACAGCUACUUGCCGCAGCAGCACCAGCAUGUACAGCAGCCCCAAUGGAUGACUUACCAAAUCCUGCCAUCCACACAGGGAAUCGCCCCUUGCGGACCUACCAAUAGACCGAAGCGAUAUUAUGCAACCACAACGCAGCCAACGCAUCCCAGAACCAUACAAAUAAACAACAGCUAUGGCCAGCAGAACCCUCCGACCAAGCAGCAGGCUGCCAGCUCAUCCACUUCCAAUUCCAACCCGUUUAAUGCUAACAACAUACGCAUUAUAUCCACUGCUCCCAGUGUGUACAGUCUUAAUAAAUCAUCACCCGUUCAAUCCUACUACUUGACACCGCGCCAGGCUGGAGCACCCACGUCCACCAAGCAGCUGAAUCAAGGCCUGGUGACUGGCAAACACCUCCCACCGCUGCCCCGGGAGCAAGUGGUCCAUUCGUCACACAACCAGCCGCCUGCGGUCUAUGACCGCAUCAACAUAUGCAUAAACAAUCACUAUGCAGACGCCGCCAGUACCAACCUCACCACAUCUCUUGGCACGGCCCAGCAGCCUUCACCCAUCAUCCCAGCUAUACAGCACAAGGCCCAGUCUAUCCUGUCGCUCAUUGACAGCAGUACGGCCGAUAGCAGUAGCAGUAGCAGCAGUUCCGUUUCCAGCAGCAGCUCUGGUGGAGGGACGACAACUACUGUCGCUGUGAUAGUAAUAGAUGAACCGGACUCCACCACAACGACACCUCAGACGCCGCCAACCACACCGGAGACAAUGAGUUCUCCCGGAAAGUCUUCGCCCUCGCCUCCACCACCACCCACAUCCACACCCAUACCCAUACCCAUACCUAUACCGACGCUGCUUAAAGUGUCGAGCCAAAUGAAGCCGAGCUUCAAGAGCACCAACUCAGCGCCGCCGACACCUCCAACGCCAUCGCCCCCCGCUAUUAGCUACUCGCUACAGGAGGAUGUAUUCGUUAAGUGCGACGAUGGAAGACUAUAUUUGGGAACUAUCGUUGGUAAAAAACCCGAUCAGUUUCUAAUCCGGUUCGAUGAUAGAUCGGAACAGUGGCACGAGUUGGACAAGCUACGGAAGCUGGGCGCCGGCUCAUCAGGUGGCGAUGGAGGAGCCGGUAGUGGCUCGGAUUAUUCUAAUGCCUCGGUUAGUGGACCCAUGUGUGUGGCCUGCAAGCGCUUGGACCAACAGGAUGUCGUUGAAAUCUGCGAACGUUGCGGCCGGGGCUACCAUCGUGGCUGUACCACCGAAAUAGCCCAUGGCAGUGGAAUUUGGAGCUGCAAGCGAUGUGCGAAGCCCAUGAAAAUGCAACAGCCAUUGAAUUAUGAAACAGCGAAGAAGCCACCAGGGAUUUGCCGUCAGUUGCCCUAUCAUGCGGAUAAACUCAGCUGGGAUGAGAAGCAUCGGGUCAACGAGGAGCAAAUCUACUGCUACUGCGGCAAGCCGGGAAAAUUCAAUCACAACAUGCUGCAGUGUUGCAAAUGUCAGAACUGGUUCCACACUCAGUGCAUGCAGAACUUUAAAGAAAAACUGCUGCGGGGCGACACAUUUUUUGUAUUCUGCUGCACGGUGUGCAACGAUGGCGUGGAAUAUGUGCGGCGCAUUCAAAUCGACUGGGUGGAUAUGCUCCACAUUGCGCUCUAUAAUCUGCGCAAGCAUCAUAAUCAGAAGUAUCAUCAUCUGCUAGACAUCUUGCCAUUCGUCCUCGAGCAGCGCCACAAGCUCCCCAUAGCCGAGCAAUGGAAGACCCUGCCAGAGACGGCACUAAUGGAACGCAUCAAGCAAACGUUGAAGGAUCACACAGGGAGGUUUGUGUGCGGACGUGAGUUCAAGCGGGAUCCAAGCUUUUUUGCCCUGCGGCACAGUGGGCCACCCGUGACACCAAAAGUGUGGCUGCAACCGCACGAGGAGGUCUGUGAUGCGGUUCUGGUGAAUAGGUUCAACAUAUUGCUAAUGCCAGGGAAAGAGAGUGAGAGUGGGUCCAAAGAUGUGUACGAGUUCCGUACGGAUGAGGAGGAGGCGGCCAAUACCAGCGAAGAUGAGAUACCGAUAAAGCAGAUCAUUGAGAAAGCCAAAAAGAAAGCCAACAAAACCCCUGAAGAGCAGGAGCUGCAGCAGAAGCACCUCGAUAAAGUGGACACACUCGACCUAGCCGAUGAUAAUGCCAACGAUGGUGACCAUGGAAAGUUGCCAGCACCUAUUCAACCGCAACCAAACGCCAAGAGCAGCCGCAAACGCAAGGCUUUCCACUUGUCUAGGCGCUACGACAGCAGCCGAAACCACUGUGAUCUUUCGUCCGAUGAGAAUUCAAGCAGCAGUCGGGGCACCAGCUCCCUGGACCUCAUUAUACCGCCGCCAGUAAAUUUUCGAGGCCGCAACAAUCCGUUUCUUAUGGCCACACCGAAAAAAUCAUCACAAGGGAAAAGCAGCCUGGCAUUCGGGCUGGGAACGGGAACGGGCAUUGGAGUCGAUGGCGUCAUCAACAGAAUUUUUAAGCUAAAGGGAGGCGGAAUGGAUCAGCCGCGCGUCGUGCGCACCAUAAAGCGAAGACUGAGUGCCAAAGAUAUAACCAUAGGCCCCAACCAGGAGGUGCGCAGGCGUCGGAAUCGCCGCAUGACAACCGUCGAGAUUAUCAAUACGACGACCAUCAAUCCUUUAUCCAGCCCAUACUUUCCCUUAUAUGCCAAAGAUUCGCUGCCGCCGCCAGAAAAGCCUACGCAUGGCCGUCUACUGCGCCAACGGCCGCAAAAGUCCGCUCGCAGCUCUCCCAUCGAGAGUCGCAGAAAUUCCAACAGCUCGACGGCAACCAGUGGAAGCAGCAGUGCUGGCAAUGGACAUUCGAUACUGGAUCUAAAGAAGUCUGUGAACAAGUACUUUGGUGGCGCCAUGAAUCGCAUUGAUUCCGGUGAACCGUUUGCCAUCCGAGCCAAACGCCGCACGGGAAAUGGUCAGGUUCAGUACCUUGUGGAAUGGGGUGGAGAUGCAGCGACAACGACAAAUGGAGUCUAAACCUAUUGGCAUUUGAUUUAGAUCCAUUCUAGACUAUAAUCAUUAUCAUUUUUUUAUGGUUUUAUUUUUUUAGUUUUUUAAGACGAGAAUGUUUGCUGCUAGCUUUUGGCUUUUUUUCAUUAUUUUUCAUUAUUCAUUAUUUUUGUUACUGUUUAAAGUUGAUUACCGAUCCACUGCCAAAAUAGCUAAAGAAUGUUCAAAAUAUUGGAUCAGCAUUCAAAACGAUGCAAUGUUAAAGCGAAAAAUGCAAAACACGCAACUGAAUACAGGUUUUUAUUGUGCAAUGGCAGUUAAUUGUUGCAACAAGAAAAAUAUGAAUUAACCACAAAAUUGGCGCAGUAUUAGAAGAUUUAACUGGAAGCUAAUGUAAAAGUCUUUGCUGAAAGAGAACGUAUUAAAUAAUGUAUAUUCAAUUAGAAUUCGAUUCAGUUUAGCCCGUGUAUAUUUUCGAAAAAUAUAUGUUGGAAGGAAAAAGAAACCACUCUCACAAAUCAUGUUAUGCAUACAAAAAAUACUUGAGGUAUACCAUACAAAAUUAAACAAAUUUAGUAAUAAUAUAAUUACCUAAUAAAUCUAUCCAUACACUAGACGAAACUUCAUGACUAAGAAAUACAUACAUACAUACCCAUAAGGUUUAAGUAUUAAAAGCUACACGAAAUCAAAAUCGAGUUGAACGCAAACUAAAUCUCAUGCAUUUGCGCAUUGCAGACCUAUAUUAUUAUUAGAAUAAAAUGGAACAAAAUAUGAAAAUUUUUAAAGUAUAUAGUGCCCAAAUAAAUGUUUCGAAGAGCAUGCUUUCUU